CGCACCACCCCCCUUACCAAUCAUUAAUCACCGCUGGACCGGCAACGCGAGCGAGCGGCAAACAACCAGGCAAAGGCCAACUCUCUGCAGCCCCGGGCGCAGCAGAAGGCAGUGCUGACCGGUUCUCCUCGGUGGCAGCUCGGUCUCUGGCCACUUUCCCCUGAGAGACCUCGGUGGAGGUGACCAGGUGUCCCACACACUGCCGUUUCAGUCAGGGAAGUAACCCGUUCCUUCAGAUGGGAGGCUUUGCCUGCAGCUGGGAGCUGCUGGGUUAUACGUAAGGGGGGGGGAGGGUCUGAAGAGGGAGCUUCUGUCGGCAUCGCAAGGUUUUCACCUCUUCGCCAUGCAGCACAAGGCAUUUUGGACUGCUCUGGAGUAUACCUGCCGAUUGCUGGGCAUCUCCACCGCAGCAGUACUGAUCGGUGUGGGCGGAGAAACUCUGCAGCGAGGACAGUUCAAAAGCCUGGCUUUCUAUCUGCUUUUUUCAGGGGUUGCAGUUACUGUCUGCGAAGGCUUCUUCUUUAUCACUUUGUUCCUGGGGAUGUGCUUCACAUAUGAGCCAGGUUCCCUGGCACACGCCUGCUGCAAGCGAGCUAGACGCCCAGGAAGCUUCCAGAAAUUCAUGGGGUACUCACUGCUCUCAGUGGCUUGCUUCCUGCAUCCCGUCCUUGUCUGGCACGUCACCAUCCCUGGCUCCAUGCUGGUGCUCACCGCCUUGGCCUACUUCCUGCUGAGCAAGAGGAGGAAGAGCCCAGGGCAUAAAGAGACACAACCCCAAGCAGGGCAAUACGUGGACCCUUCAGCCACCAUGGCAGCCCCGACCAGCGCCGGUGACACUGAGCAGACCUACACCUUCCAUGGGGCCCAGAGGGAGCAGCACUGCUCACUGCUUGGCCACAUGAAGAGCAUCCUGAAAGGCAGCAGGGACAAAAACCUGGCCCAGGCAGCUCCAGCCAUACCAACACCCCCACCAGCCCCACGCAAGCAAGUGCACUUCCAGGAGAAAGUGGUGCAGAUCAUCCCCUCCAUCAGCGACAGCUUGGAUGAUGUGGAGAGUGAGGCUGAAGAGACCACACUGGACACAGCACCCAUCCUCACCCCUCCAGAUACCCCUGUCAUCCUCGCUCCCCUCAGUUCCACAGGCCUGUUCUGAGCACUCACCAGCAACGAGGACAGGGCAGAGAAACUACACCUGCAUGUCGGCAUCCCUCCCUGUCACUCUGGCAGCCAAAAGGUCCUGAGCCGACCCCAGCACCAAUGCUGCAUGUCGUGAGCAGAGCUGCAGUGCUGGCUGGAGCACCACAUUCUCCAUGGGGAUGUCCCAUGGGCCCUAGCAAGGCAGCAGACAACCAAACAGGCCAACGUUACAGCCACCAAGGAGGAAAAAGGGGUGAGGGGAUGGAGCGCUUGUGCCCUAUCAUGGCAAGGGAGGAGAGGUGGCUGGUGCUCUGUUUACCAACCUCCCUGCCCUCAAAGGAAAAGCGUGAAGGACCGUGUCACCUGUCCUACAAGGGGCUGCUGGCAAUCAACGGUCCCAAACCUUGUGAGGAUGGCCAGUGGUGGUUCCCAGCCCCUGCUAACCCAAACCCAGGGGUCAGGCCAUGGUUCAGCCAAGGUAUUCCCAAAACAUUAAAAUUUCUGCUCCGAGGGAAUCUGUAAGGCCUGACACAUGGGCCUCUGUUACAGUACUACAUGUCAAAGCAGCAACUCCUGCCUCAGAACAGCAUUUGCCACAGCAUUUGCCUACCACAAGGCAGCAACUGGCAGAACAAGGGGAGACAACCAUCCUCCAGAGCAGCUUCUGCUAAGGGCAAUUUUUGCCUGCCUCCCUUCACUGUGCUAGAAAAAGCUCAGGACUGGGACAUUUCCAACACACAGGCACCUCAGCCUGCAAGUUCCCUAGCAGCAACAGCAAAGGCUGCAGCAGGCCUAGCGCAUCCAAAGCAUCACUCCAGGGGAGACUGAGACAAAUCACACCUCUGGGUCUAGCACCCAGUAGGUGUUCUCACCUGGGACAUGCUCUGAGCCCAGCAGAGAAAUCACCCCUGGCUUUGGGGACACUCUGCAGAAGCAGGGAGGAUCCUGGAGCUUCCUGGUAUUCCUUGCCCAGACAGCCCUCUGGAGUUAGACAACCUUUGGGAUGAUGUAGCAGCUCAGGUUACUAGGUUCAGCACUGCAUUGGCACAGCAGACCACUUGUAAACUCCAUGUAUGUGUUAAUUAUGGGCCUCAGAGGGCAAAGAUAAUAACAAAGUUAAAACGCUGCCCCACUGGUCCGCUCCAUGCCAGCUCUUCCCUAAAAUUUUCACUUCUGGCCUAAUCCUACCGUAUUUUCUGCCCCUUCAGGACCAUUUCCCUGUAAUCAAGCACUUCUCACCUGUUCAUCCCAUCUCCUUGGCUUCCUCUUACCUUAUAACUGUGACUCUCUGCUUCUCACUCCAGCUGUCUGAGGGGCUGGAAGGGGGCCAAGCGUCCACUAACCAGCCCCCUAACUGUAUCUUGGUCCCAGUCAUCAGGGCAACCAACCCCGUGGAUUUGGAGAUUAUUGCCUGGGAGCAGGUGGAGCCAAUCUCAUUCCUGUCAUGUUGCCUUCUGCCUUCCAACAUAAAUCUCCCUCCUGAACCAGCCCGGACUGGGAAAUGCUGUUAGUGUCCCAUAGUACUUCAGUCCUUAAUCUCCCUGACUUUGUCCCACAGGCAAAACCUGCUACCUCUUUGGGGAUGUUACCCAUGGUGGUAUGGUGAGCAGGCAGCCCAGAGCUCCUUGCCCAUGGUAGAGAAGGGACACACAAUUCAAGGCUUGUACUGCUCUACUGCCAUCUCCUCCUCAGGAACAGGGUGUGAUAGGACCAAGGACUGGCUGCUGUGAGCAUGUGUGUGUGAGCCCAGUGGCUAUCCUUUCCUUUCUUCCUGCUGGCUCGGCCCUAACAGCUGCUGGAGGGCAAGGUAGUUUCUUUACACUUCUAGGCAGUUAUAAGAGGUUUCAGGGAACUGACAUCGCAUCCCCUCUCUUCUCUGCUAGCCCUUAUAUACUCUAUUUGCCGGACCAGUUCGUUUGGAGUUCGCUCUGGGAGGGAGAAGCCCCAAGUAAGAGAGCUCUGGGGUGGAAAAAGGUCCCAGGCCGUGAAGCAGACUAUGAGCAGAGACAGGGAAUCACUAUGCUGGAUGCAGGAAAGACACUUACUGCAGGAGGCACCUGGCCAGGAAGGGCAUCCCCCCACCAUGUCCCACAUGCCAUGAACAGUCCCACAGCCACCUGCUGCUGUAGGUAACUAGAAGUUACUGCCUUAAGAUGACAAGCACCUGCAAUGCCUGCAGAUACCAUGGCAAAGACCCUGUCAUCAGUGUCAGGCAGCUCUUUUGGCUGCAUGUGGGAAGGAGGACAGGUGGUUGAGUUUGCUCAGACACAGGACGUGCAGCCACAUGUUGCCCUGUCACCUCUGCUGAGAUGAGGAGCUAUAAAGGCUCUGAACCCAGAAAGACAGAUGGCUGUAGGAAGGGAAGAUCCCUGAGACCUACUUAGGCUGGUUAUAAGGCAGAAACCAGUGGGGCUGACUGUUUUUCUUGGAAAUAUGUUAUUUCCACUUCUAAAAUUCAGCUCUCCGAGUCUGUCAGAGUCACUGUGGCCAUUGUAGUUUUAAGGAAGAUUGAAGACAUGAAGCUUGAGUGUUCAAAAAUCAGAAGGCAAAUGAAAAUAACCCAAUAUUACUUUUUAAUGCAUUCUGUUUAAGUCACUCCUGAUUCGGGAGAUGGGUAGGGAAGAAGGCAGAAGAUGCUGGCUGAUAACAUUUGACAGCCUGUCUUUGAUGACAAAACUCUGUCCACAAGGGCAGCUUAUGAAUUGCCUCAUACAUUCAGUCAUUACUAUAACUUCUAGACAUGAACAAAAAGCUUUUUGUUGCAUCACCAACAUUUAAAAUGCUAACUGGUGUUAAUCU